GCCGCGCCCUAUAAUUUGCGCUGCGGGGCGCGGGCUGCUCUGUCCGCCCGCAGGGUCCCGCCGCCGGUCUUUCCCUGCCGCCCCGCGCUAUGAAGGUCGCUGCCGUCGUCCCCUCGCCGCUGCCCGCGGGCGCCGGUGGCCCGCUGAAGGCGGUGCGGCCCGGGGAGGCCGCCCGCUGCGGGCCGGGGCCGGGAGUGUCCCCGGGAGCGGCGGAGCAGGCGGCCGCCGCGCUGCUGUACGACAUGAAGGGCUGCUACUCGCGGCUGCGGGCGCUGGUUCCGACGCUGCCGCGGCACCGGCGGGUCUCCAAGGUGGAGCUGCUGCAGCACGUUAUCGACUACAUCUGGGACCUGCAGCUGGCGCUGCAGUGCGGGCCCCCCCGCCCCGCCGCCGCCGCGGAUCCCCCCGAGGCUCCGUGCGUACCCGCUGCCGACCGGAUCCUCUGCCGCUGAGACCGCUCCGGACCCGCCGCGGACAUCCCGGGACCACGGCCACCUGCAUCCCGGGUCCCCUGGGGGCAUCCCCCCGCAGCCCGGGCCGGGGGUGCUGCCCGAUGUAUCCUUCUCAGAUUGCUGAGAGCAUUCCCCGUAUUGUAUAUUACAAUGAUGCUGGAGAAUAUUGUUCUACAAUAGCUGGAGUUUUGUUAUUAAACAAGCCCUGAUGACCAGG